AUGUCGUUUGAUGAGUUGCAAAACUUUAAGUUAAUUAUUCAUGCUGACAGAGUUCCUCAAGAUGAACACAGAGGUCAAUAUAAUGCACCUACCAUCGAUGAAGUAGCUGUAUUAUUAGUUAAUGAAGAUAAAGGUCCCAGAGAUAUAGUUCUGCAUGGUCGGAGUGGACACUUGAGUCGAGUUUCCGAAUUGAAUAGAUCUUAUGAUGCACUGCAAUAUCCAUUGAUGUAUACUAGAGGCGAAGACGGUUAUCACAUUAAUAUAUUACAGGAAAAUAACCAAAAUCGAACCAAAACUGUAUCCUGCAUGCAAUUUUAUUCUUAUAGGUUUAUGGUUAGAGAAACAAGUCUAAAUCAUCUACAUUAUUACAAAACAUUAUUCAGCCAAUUCGCCGUAGAUAUGAUGGCAAAAAUGAUUUCUGAAAGACUACACUUUAUUCGUAACCAUCAAAAACAACUACGUGCGGAUGUUUAUGUUCACCUCUGA